AUGUCGAGAACGACAACCGCAAUAAACAGCAACGAAAAACAAAGACAACCGGUUAUAACAAGAAGAACAACAACACCACCAACAACAACAACAACAAUAGCAACGACGAAACGACAACAACAAGAACGACGACAUAAACAAGGCCAUCGACAACAACGUACGAUAACAACAACAACGUACGACGACGACGACGUCCGACGACGACGACGACAAUAUCAUCAACAACAACAACGACAACAACAACGACAAUAUCAUCAACAACAACAACGACAAUAUCAUCAACAACAACAACGACAAUAUCAUCAACAACAACAACGACAAUAUCAUCAACAACGGCAGCAACGACAAUAUCAUCAACAACAACAACGGCAGCAACGACAAUAUCACCAACAACAACAACGGCAGCAACGACAAUAUCAUCAACAACGGCAGCAACGACAAUAUCAUCAACAACAACAACGACAGCAACGACAACAUCAACAACGACAACAUCAACAGCGACAACAUCAAGAAUAG